CAGAAACAGAGCCCACAAGAGCAAUGAGACGAAACAUGGGUCCGAGGAUAAACUGACAAGCCACCAAUUUGGGUCUUCAUCAUGAUCACCAAAACAUUAAAAAAUUGCAAAAACCCAUGAAAGCUUAUUUCGUAAGAUCAUGGCAAGCCAUGUCAGAUUUUUACCCAAAACACAUCAGCAAAGUAAAAGCAAAGCAAUCAUGCAAAGUCUUUAUUUGCCACUCGUAUCUUCCCUGUUUUUUCUGCCUUUCCAAGCAAACUGGUAGCUCCAACAGUGUCUCUCUCUCUCUCCACUGAUUUUCCACCACCUCUCCAAGAAACCUAAGUCUACUUACAGCUAAGUUUUUCUAACUAAAAAUGGUACAUUACACCUAACUCAUUUCUCUCCUUCCAUAAUAAAAAGCCUUUCUUCUCCUUUCUUCACAUAUCAAACACUUGUUGGAAGCUAGGCCAGUAAUAUUAUAGAGCACUAUGGUGGCAAAACUUCUCCUAUUCUUUGUCCUCCAUUGCACUGUAACACUUGCUCAGGGUCCAGCAGCAGCUCCAGCACCACCUGGCCCUACCAAUGUUACGAAAAUCCUCGAAAAGGCCGGCCAGUUCACCGUUUUUAUUCGGCUUCUGAAAGCCACCCAAGAGGAUGUCACAUUAAAUGGUCAGCUCAAUAACACUAACAAUGGCAUUACCAUGUUUGCACCAAGUGAUAGUGCCUUUCAGAGCCUCAAAUCAGGCACCCUCAACUCCAUAAACGAUCAAGAGAAAGCUGAGCUUGUUCAGUUUCAUAUCAUCCCAACUUAUCUAUCGAGUUCUCAGUUUCAGACCGUGAGCAAUCCGGUGACCACACAGGCAGGAUCAGGCGACAGAUUUCAGCUUAACGUGACGACUACAGGGAAUGCUGUGAAUAUCUCUACAGGACUUACAAAUACAAGUGUAUCUGGUACUGUGUACACUGAUGGGCAACUCGCCAUUUAUCAAGUUGACAAGGUGCUACUUCCUAUAGAUGUUUUUACUCCUAAACCACCAACUCCGGCACCGGCGCCGGAGACACCGAAGAAGAAGAAGGCGAAGAGUGCAGAGAGCCCAGAUGCUCCUAAGGACAUUUCUGGAGCAGUAAGCUUUAUAAUGAGUAACAAUAUGGUGUUCUUUGGAGUUGGUAUAUUUAGUGCAUUACUUUCUUUGUGACACAAGAGAUUUCUGAUGACGAAUGUUGGGGUAAGGUCAGUUUCACAGUUGUGUAUGAUUUUGCUGAGUUGGAUUGAAUCUGAUGAUGAUCAAGUUAUGGAUUUUGAAUAAUUGUUGUUUUUGCUUGGUCCCAAUUGUAGCAUUAAGUUUGUGAUUAAAAUUGAUCUUUCAUGUUUUCUUUC